CACCAUGUUCGCAAAGUUGUAGAACAACGUCAUAUGUAGAUGUUAAUUACACUGGACAUUGGACGGACUUGAAAGUGCGGCGCAUCAUGCAUGCAAAGCGUUGUAUUGAUUUCUACAGCAGGAAUACACAGGUACAGGUCUUUGUUGCGAGUUCAGUUUAGUGGUAUGACGUUGAUCUAGACUUAUCAAACACUGAAACUAGCGAUCCGUCUAGGGCAGCAAAUAUAUCCUAAUGGAUAAAAACAAACACGAUACUGUGUGGUAUUUGACCAAUGACAACACGUGAUUGUGGCGAUGAAAGGUCACUAUUGUUAAUCCUAUUAAUCCUUUAUUGCUAAUCCUAUGUUAACAAUAUGGCUAAUGAAUUGACUGUAAUGGCUGCUUCCAUAGGUCUACUGUUGCUGGUACAUAACGCCGAUAGCUCCACCUGUGACUUCAAUAUGACGUCAUGUCCGCAGUCUUGCAAGUGCUAUUUGUCGGAACUUCUAGUCAUCGACUGCGCUCAAAGAGAAAUGACGGCGCUGCCAGAUGUGCUUCCUACGUGCCAAGGAUACAAACUCCAUUUGAUGUUUUCUCAAAACAGAUUGAAAACGAUAACAUUCAAGUCCUACUUCCGUGAGACGUCUGUGAUGGACGUCGGUUUCAACGAAAUAUCUUCCCUGGACGAGAACGUGUUCAGCAGACAACAUUUCCCGGAACUCACUUCUCUUCGUCUUGACAACAACGAACUGACGACGCUGCCCAGACACACCAAGAAAGUGUUCGAGUCCCUGCGAGUGGCAACCAUCCACAACAACCCGUGGGUAUGCGACUGCAACAUUGAAUGGAUUAUGGAAUGGAUAUCAGAGGGUCACAAAAACGGGAUAACCAUAGAACAUAGUUCAAACAUAACUUGUGAUGUUCCACAGGAAUUGAAGAAUACACCAUUAACAGAACUGUCGGAACAUAAUAUUAAGUGUCAUGAAAGGUCAAAUUCAAAACUUUGGGUUGCUUUGGGUGUCACAGCGGCUUGUGUCGCCUAUUUGUCCGUAACGAGCGUCUUCGCUUUUUGCAUUGUUUUGAGAAGACGAGAGAAAAUAACAGGAACCACUUCAGGAAAUGAAUUCAGCACGACAUUUGACAGUUCACCGUAGUGGUGAAAUGGAGAUAGAGAGGGGAGCGAGUAAUGGGGGAGGUGUACUAUGACACUGUUAAUCAAAACGACAUUGGGAGUGUAAGUCCACGUGCCAUAUAUGUAUAUACACGAUACACAACUUACAUGAAGGUAGGAUGUGUCGUCCUGACUAAAGUGGCAGUCUUCCUAUAGAUGAAGCAAUGACAUCAAUUCGUGGAAAACGUCGCCAUCUUGUCGAAGCAUUAUUUGAACUGCCUUGUGUGAAAAUACGAUUUUGAAUACAUAAUGAUAUUAUCUUUAAGAUUAGAUUGAAUUAGGGCACUUACCACAGUUUGACACCCUAUUGCCGAUGUAUUUUUCGUGCUGGGGUGUCGUUAAACAGUCGUUCAUUAGAUUGAAUUAAGUGGGAUUUUCUUUUAGGGGUAAAAUUCGACUGGGUUUCUUUGUGGGGAGGUUUUUGGAUUUUUGUUAAUUUAAAAUGGCAACGGUUAUCGUUAUUAUAUCUAUAACAUUAAACACGAGGUUUUCGGGACACGUUGGAGUUCGAAGGAGAGGUUGUGCGCUCCAUCAUUCCUUGACUGUGUGGCUGAUAAUGACACCAGAGAACGAAAGACACAUUUCUGCCAUCUCAUUCCAUGUUGAAGAACACCGUGUUAUAUCCAGACACAUGUCAGGUCCAAGGGUAUUUGGAUCAGCAUCUUAAGAACAACUAGAAUGGCAAAGACAUGAUGGCUGGCAUGUUUUAUGUGCUGAAUAAAGAAAACAAUGCUUUUGGACAAAACUUUUUCAUGUGGACAGGGGGCGUAAAUCUAACGUCAGAUUCUCUUAACGUUUUGUACUACAUUCCAUAAACCCACAUCAUCUGCUAGGUAGCUUAAGAUUAUAUUUUAAUUUGUUAAUAAAUUUUUGCCUUACUUUGUUAUCACAUUUGUGCAAAGACUUUUUUUUAUAUUAGCCGGUAGCAUUAGACUUUAAUCUAAAAAAAACUAAAAUUUCAUAAGAUUUUAUAAUACAUGUAUAUUCAUAUCACAUAACCCCACAUCACUUA